GAUAGAAAAUAAACAGACUUUAUAUGUGCAAAUAUCAUAAAAACAGAUAAAGACAGAUAAAGGAGUUCUAAAACUGGAUCACGUUAUGUAAAUUUGUUCCUUCUGUUAUCUCUAAUCACAUGAGUAUGCAGAUUUAUAUUAUCGGUCAUUGAAAUGUGUGUUAAUCCUGUACGUGGAUUUGAGGAAUUUCAGAGUGACUUCACGUGAAAAGUAAAAUGGAGGAAAUAUUUACGAAGAGUUAUGUUAAAAUUAACCGUCCUCCAUUUGAAUUAAAACACGAUACGAUCCCGGGGGUAUUAAAGUACUUCUCAGAGACAAAGGGAGAAGGCGAAUCUUUUAUUUUGUGUCAACGGACGGAAGUCGCGAUGUUGUCACGUGGUCGGAGCUUUAACAAAAGUGUUGCAAAGUAGCAAAAUCUCUUAUUAAUUUGGGAAUUCGGAAAGAGGAAAUUAUCGCUAUAAAUUUGCGUUGUUGUCCAGAAUGGUUGUUUGCUACAUUUGGAGCAAUGAUGGCUGGAGCAAUCCCUGUCAGUAUUACGUACACAGAUGGAAACGACAUUAUCGCAAUGAUGGAAAAGCUGGAGAAAUGUUCGCUACUAGUUCUAGAUCCUGGACUAGAAAGCAUUAACUGGAACAUUCUACGGAGGCUUCUUGACAAAUAUGAGGCUGACGGUAAAGUUCGAAGUAAGAAAAUGCCUUAUUUAAGAUAUUUGUUAGGUGUUGCGUUCGACAGCGAGCCAGAUGCUUCAAAUGUAAAAGACUUCAGAGACCUUCUAGACGAAUACCAUACUGACAUAGAGCUUCCCUACAUAGACCCUAAAGACUUUUACGGACUAUUUCAAACGUCAGGAAGUACAGGUGUACCAAAGCUUGUAGCGCAAGUGCAUCUUAGCACAAUGAAAUUAGUGGAAUCACAUGCACUUGAGAUGAUAGAAGACAAGUACAUCCUGUUCAACGACCGGCCAUUUAACUGGGGCGGGGGAUAUCCAUUUUUCGCUCUGAGCGGUCAAACAAGGGUGACAUUGUCCGAGUUUUGUGAUCCACCAAAGGAUAGGAUUUCAUUUAUGAUUGAAGUUAUAGAAAGAGAAAGAUGUUCCAUGGUGUUUGCUCUACCACCUUUGAUGUAAGAGAUUAUAAAAAAGCAGGACAAUUUGCCAGAUGACUGGCCUGUGGAAGCUAUUGUAACCGCAGGACAACCUCUUACGAGAAGACUUGCUACAUGUGUUGGUAAAGCUUGCAAAUAUUUACUGUGCUUUUAUGGUGGAACAGAAUCUUCU